AGGGUGGAGGGGGGCACGCCUUCCGUUUUCAUGUGCUAUACAUUCCUGUCCACUGGUGCGUUUUUACGCACAGCGACACGAUGGGCUUCAGGUCUCGUCCGCGCGCUCUCCGGAGCUGGCUCGGCCUCGUCCAGCUUUUAAGCUGCUGGAGCGCAGCGUCGACCUUCGAGGUGACAAUACUUCACACCAACGACAAUCACGCACGCAUCGAGGAGACCAGCGAGGACUCGGGAAAGUGCCUAAAGCAGGGUAGCUGCUUCGCCGGGGUCGCAAGGAGGUUCACGAAAGUCUCGGAGAUUCGGAAAAAGGAGAAAAAUGUGUUGUUUCUGGAUGCUGGGGACCAAUUCCAGGGAACCAUCUGGUUCAACUACUAUAAAGGCGCUGAAGCAGCACAUUUCAUGAACAAACUUGGCUAUGAUGCCAUGGCUUUUGGAAACCACGAGUUUGACAAUGGAGUGGAGGGUCUGAUCGAGCCCUUCCUCCAGAAUGUCAAGUGCGACGUGGUGAGUUCCAACAUCAAACCUGACCACACCCUGGCUGCAAAUCUUAGUGGCUACUAUCAGCCCUACACAGUCUUCAGUGUGGGCUCAGAGAAAGUGGCCGUGGUUGGCUACACCACAACAGAGACCCCCUUCUUAUCCAUGCCAGGACAGCACCUGAAGUUUGAGGAUGAGGUGGAGUCGCUUCAGGUUCAGGUCGAUAAGCUCAAGACUCUGGGCUACAAUAAAAUCAUUGCCCUGGGACACUCCGGCUUUAAAGUGGAUCAAGAAAUUGCCAGGCGCGUGAGAGGAGUUGAUGUUGUUAUUGGAGGACACACCAACACGUUCCUCUACACCGGAACGCCCCCAUCCACUGAAAAGGCAGAAGGUCCAUAUCCAGUUUGGGUAAGGUCUAACGAUAACAGAGAUGUACCCGUGGUCCAAGCCUUUGCCUUCGGGAAGUAUCUUGGAUACUUAAAAGUCACCUUUGAUGAGGCUGGUAAUGUGAUAAAAGCAGUUGGAAACCCCAUCCUAAUGGACAGCAGCAUAGCUCAAGACCCUGGAGUCCUUGCUGAAGUCGAGAAGUGGAGGAAAAACGUAACUCAGUUUUCAUCGCAGUACAUUGGACAAACCUUAGUCUACCUGAACGGGACAUUCGAAGAGUGUCGAUUUCGGGAGUGUAACCUUGGAAACCUAAUCUGUGACGCUAUGAUUUAUCAUAAUACAAAGUAUUCAAGCGAUCUGCGGUGGAAUCACGUUAGCAUGUGUAUGCUGAAUAGUGGGGCCAUAAGGACAGCGAUAGACGAGCGCUACAAAAACGGUUCCGUAACGAUGGAGGAGAUCCUCACCGUGCUGCCGUUCGGAGGAACCUUCGACUUGGUCCAGAUAAAUGGAUCGACGGUGAAAAAGGCAUUCGAACACUCUGUCCACAGAUAUGGCAGCAAGUCGGGGGAAUUUCUUCAAGUCUCAGGUAUUCAUGUGGAGUUUGACAUCUCCAAGCCAGUGAACCAGCGCGUGGUAUCGUUGUCGAUGCUCUGCACUGAGUGCCGUGUGCCGAAGUAUGAACCACUAGACCUGCAGAAGACGUACACCGUGGUCAUGCCUUCAUACAUGGUUAAUGGAGGCGAUAACUAUGGCAUGGUCAAGGAGGAGUUGGUGCAGCACAACAAGGGUGAUAAGGACAUUUCUGUAUUGUCCGACUACAUCUCGGAUAUGAAGCGCGUGUACCCUGCAGUGGAAGGCCGCAUCAAAGUCAGGAACUCGGCUGCCUUCACAGUCCACAGCCUCGGCUUGUUCCUCCCCAGCCUAUGCCUGUCUCUGAACCUCUAACUGGAUUUGGACAUUGAACUCUGAUCAGCUGAAGGGCUCUGAAACUCCUUGCAGACUUGGAUAACCAUGUGCCAUAAUUCCAUGACACUGCCUUGAAGAAAAGCUAGCAGACGAGAGGUCAAGUUCAGCCUCGGGGUAAAAUCAGGGUCCAUAUGGGAAGAUAAUUGUUUCCACCCACAAACAAGCUCUGAUAAUAAAAUCUGCAAGAGGAGCAAAAAACCAAACGUAUUACGAUAUGGGUGAUAUAAAAGUGCAUGUGAAUAUAUUGUUUGACAUUAGAACAAACAGAGAAUGUAAUAAAUAUGACUCAUUUUGUUGGAUAAUGAGGGACAGAAACAAGUCGAUGUCAAUUGAUUGUUUCAUCUGGACUUUGUUGCUACUUCUACUCAAAUCUAAACUGUAUCAAGAAUUAUAUAUUAAAUCACACACACAUUUGUAGUAUUGCAGUAAAAUACUGUUGAUCUGUAAAUCAACUAUUGAUUUUUAUUUGUUGGUGUGAUGUUUAUGUGAAUGCACUGCUUGCCAUUUGUUAUCUGGGGUCUGUUGCACAAAACCAGGAUAAGGGAUUAAGCUGACGCCAUCAUGUAAUGCAACGCCCCCAGCUGAGACACCGCAUACUGUUUACAAUGUGUAAAAAUAAUGAUACAAUAAAGUUAUAAUGAAGAAAAGAAAAA